AUGGAAUGGGGAAUCGACGGCGAAAUAAGGGGAAAGAGCACUACGAAUUAUCCUCGUGAAGUUAAUGUCUGCAAAUAUGUUAGUAGUCGAGUCAAGCAAAUCAAUGAACUAUUGCAGGUUAUUGAUAACAAAUCGCUCGUUGCUGGCGAAGUAACCAAAGGCCCACGUACAGCUAUGCAACGUUUACCUCGUCAUAUGCGACGUCGUGCAAUGUCAUAUCAAAUAAAACGUUUCCCUCGUAAUCAGCGAUGUUUUGCACGAUCAGUCGUAAAUGCUUCAAAACAUCGCAAAAAACCUCCAAGUCGUUGUCGGCGACGUCGUCCGCGCAAUUUGCUUCUAAACUAUAUUCGGCGACAGAGGAAAGCCGUUUGGUUAGAAACUCAUAUAUGGCAUGCUAAACGGUACAGGAUGAUUGAAAAAUGGGGAUACAAAUUGCCUUUAGGUAGCUGUCAGCGAUCUUUUAGGGCAACUUACCGGGAUUCAAUUUAUCACUGUUCAGUUCGAGAUACCACUUUCCUACGUUGCUUUCAGAUCAUAAGCGCAAAUCACUUAGAGCUAAUCGAUGCUUUAAGAGAUUUCUGUGCUGUACAGACAGGGCCAACAUUUGCAUCUCGGGCGGCCCUUACCGGAAAAUUUGAAAUACCAAUUUUGUUAUAUAGUCCGAAUCGCUACCCAAGGGAGCUGUUUGGACCAAUUCGAUUCAUGUGGAGCACUGAUGAUUCGAAUAAUUCGGUUUUAAUAAUUUGGGUGCAUCCUUCGAUUAGUGAUGUGGUUCUGGGAAAUUUGUUAAAUUCACUGCAAUUAGAAAAGGUAGAUCAUGGUUCUGUUACUAUCGAUUUCGAAAAAUUUCCUCAAACUAUGGAUGAGUGGCGCUUGCAUAAUCUUACCAUGAAAACCAAUGUAUAUGAAAACUCUAAAGGAACUAAGCUGCUUGAUUUAAGUGAUCAACUAGUUCGAUUUCGUUUGCAUGGUCCAAAAUCUUUGUUAAUACUUGGUAAUGUUUUAUGUACAGUGAGUGACGAAAAUUUUCAUCAACCAUGGAUGAAGGACUUCUGUCAAAACAAUGCUCAUUGGAAUUCGGAUUUAAAAAAUCGUGUUCCUGGUGAAUUAUCAGAUGGUUUGAUUUUCACUAUAUUAGUUGAAGAUCCGAGACUUACGAGGCCCAUUAAAAAGUCACUUCCUGGCCUUGUAAAAAACGAAUUACCUUUGAUAAAGAUUCAUGAACUGCCUACUCCACGAAAUGCAUUUUGGAUCAAGGAUUUGCGUAAAAACGUUUUAAAUUUCAAGCUGACCGAAGCAGAUAUACAGUCAAAGCGGAAUAGCAGUUUGGCGUGUGUAAAAGAAUCUGAUGCAAAAAUUCCGGUUAUUUUGGUCAUUCGUAACUGUGGUACUGGUUCUCUAAAUAGCUUUACUGGAGUUGAUCUGAUUGUGCCUUCUGGCUUUGGUAUGGAAUUUUGGAUUGCGCUGCAAUAUGGAACUGCCAGAGCUGCAGGCUUAAGAGAUCAAAAGGCCAUAGAAUUUGAAACUAGUCAUUUUAAUUUUCCUUGUGAUGUUCCUGAUUGUGUGAUUGCUGAUUUGGAACUUCAGGCAGAAUUUCAAGAACUUCAGAGCAAAUAUUUUGCCUAUCCACAUAAUCGUCGCAUUCAUUAUUGGGAUUCUCUAUCGAUAUUGUAUCCAUUUAGUUUCAAAUGGGCUGAACUAGCUGGAGAGUGGUCACAAAAAAAUGACUGUGAAAAGCCAUUUGUUAUUCGUGAUAGAAGGCUUUUAUCACUGAUUGAAAAGUGGAUUAAUGGAAAAAGUUCUGUAAUAAAUGACAUCAUUUGUCAGACACUCUCAAUGGCUCUUGUACCAGUUCGAUUAGAUGCAUUGGUGAGUGGAAGACCAAUGCGUUUCGCAUUGAUUUGUGCUCCAAAUCAAGAAGAUUUUUCAGCUGCUUCAAGGCUAUCUGGCAAAAAAAAUAUAAUUAUUAAAGAAUCAGGGCGAGCAAAUAGUUCUGAACAAAGGGAUUUGACAGAAAAAGAAUAUUCACUAAAUGAAGAAGAUAAACUCGAAGAUUAUAUUGAAUUAAAUGAAGAAAAGAAGGAAGCUUCUAUUUCUUUAGAUUCUUUAUUUCCCGACAAAGAAAUAUUAAGAAAACGAAAAAUCCUUGAUAUGAAGAAAAUAAAACGUAUGAAGACAAAAAAAGCCAAAAAUGAAAAUGUUGCUCAAAAUUCUUCUCAUCAAAAUAUUUGCGCUCGUAUCUUGUAUCGUGAAAGUUGUUCAAGGUGGAUAAUAGGACGUGUUGUUAGAGGCGAUUUUUCUUUUUCAACUGGUAAAGGUUGCGCCCUAGGAUACAUUUGUUUUGAAGCGCUAAGGUCAAUUCAUAAAAGAGAAGUUUUGUUUCGAAAUAUUACUUCAAAAUACUUUCAUCCUGCUCGAAUUUCCAUUGUGAAAACCGUGCUUGAUUUAUAA